UGAUUUGAAAAUCAUUAGGUAGACAUCAAUCAGCAUUUUCCUGUUUGGACUUGAGUCGCUUCUUCUUCACUGUAGUGGUGCAUGCUCUGCAUAUUCUGGUGCGACAGAUUUGUUUAUCCUGUAGGCACGAAUGUCCAUGUUAGACUUCUGACAUUAUGAGAAAAGAGCAUUGAUCAUCAAUCUGCACAGAGCAACAAACAUCACUAGCACAGGUGUGUGUAUUUGGAGUUGCCAUGGUGAUCGUCCAACUCUUACUUCUCCUCUCAGCCUUUUCUGCCACAGCCCAUCUACGAACAUUAUUUAUAAUUGAGCCACAGAUUGUGAGCAUGGCUGAGGCUCAGGUGGCCUGCAAAAAAAAAUACAAUGACCUCGCCAGUGUGUACAACAAUGAAGACAAUGCCAAUCUGGCUCAGUUUCUCAAAAUAAAACGAAAGGCAUGGAUUGGCCUUUAUCGACAUCAGUCCAGUGAUAAAUGGUCUAAUGGAGAUGAUGUUACAUUCAGUAAUCUGACCGGGGUCUGUGGGUCAGGGUCCUGCUGCGCUGCUAUGAAGGCUGAUGGUUCAUGGGAAAGUCUAAACUGCAUAGAGAAAAGACAUUUCAUGUGCUAUAAACAAGAUGUUGGUAAAGAAACCAAUUAUUAUAUAAUCUCUGGGAAUAUGAGCUGGUAUGAAGCUCAGAGUUACUGCAGGAAGAACUACACUGACCUGGUCAGCAUCAGAGAUCAGAACCAGAAUGAAGCAGUGAAGACAGAAGGGCUGACCAGCAGCGUAUCCAUCUGGAUCGGCCUGCUGCGUGAUGAAUGGAAGUGGACUGAUGGAGGACGCUCUGCCUACAGAAACUGGGCAACUGAUCAGCCUCGACCAUCAUCAUCAGACUGUGUAGUAAUGAUGAAUACUACAAGUGAAUGUGGGAAAUGGUAUUCAGUGCCAUGUAGUAAUGCUGAGUCUGCUUUGUGCUAUUUUAUAAAUACCACAGAUGUUCCACCUACAGUGCCGGAUGGUCUCAAUAUCAGUGAGAAGAAAAUUGUUUACAUGACUGAGGCUCAGGCACCUUGCAUAACAAACGACACUAACCAUAUCAUUGUGUACAGUGACAAUGACAAUGCUGAGCUGGCUUUGAAGAUUGAAAGUGGCAAAAAAGCCUGGCUUGGGCUCUGUCGCGGUCAGUCCAGUGAUAAAUGGUCUAAUGGAGAUGAUGUCACAUUCAGUAAUCUGACAGGGGCCUGUGGGUCAGGGUCCUGCUGUGCUGCUAUGAAGACUGAUGGUUCAUGGGAAAGUCUUAAUUGCACAGAGAAAAGAAAUUCCAUGUGCUAUAAGCAUGAUACUGACCUCAUCCUCAACUACCAUUUAAUCCUUGACCCCAUGAGCUGGUAUGAAGCUCAGAGGUACUGCAGGAAGAGCUACACUGACCUGGUCAGCAUCAGAGAUCAGAACCAGAACGAAGCAGUGAAGACAUCAGCGAUGACGAGGAACACGUCCUUCUGGAUCGGCCUGCUGUGUGAUGACUGGGAGUGGACUGACGGAGGACGCUCUGCCUAUAGAAACUGGGCGACUGGUCAGCCUGAAGUAAACUUAAACUGCACGGUAUUGACGAAUAGCAUAGACCAUGAUGGCAAAUGGUAUUCAGUUGCAUGUGAUCCAUCCUACCUUAAUAACACCGCAGGCAUCAGAACGCAUUUCCACAUUGCUACUGGGUUUUGCUUCAUCUUUUUUACACUGCCUUCGAUGUUUUACAACAGCAUCUGUUAAAAGAGUCUGUUGAAAGGGUAAUAAGAGCUACAUAAAAGCCAUAAUCUAAAGUUCACAUCUUAACUUUUUUUAUGGCUCCUAUUACUGCUUUUCCACAACUUUGAGAGCAGUACUGCCAAAAUCAGACACCAUGCAUGCUUCAUGUAUGCCAGAUUAUGUAGGCCUUUUUACACCAGCUGUGAAAAGUUUUGUUCAGACUUUUAUCCAGAGUUCCUUAACACAAGUUUCUAAGAACACAAGGUGCCACGAACUACUGGACAGGCCUGUAAAACACCUCAGGAAAGGUUCUGUCAGGAAAGUUUUGCAUUGAGACGCAACAACAUCUGUAAUUUUUUUUGCAUACAUUAAAUAAAGCAAAUCAUAACUGUC